AUAUAUAUAUAUAUAUAUAUAAUAUUAAAACUGUCAGAAAUGCAAUUAUUGAUGAAAACCACAGCAUGUUCCGCUCCAGAGAUAGCCACCGAUACUACCAAAUCGAACAUGAGAGAAUCACAAAUCAAAUCUUGGUCCAAGUCGACCUUCAAUCCCUUGGUAAGGUCUUCCAAUCCAAACGCCUACAACGGUGGUAACAGAAACAUCGGCCUUAGAAAUUGUACUCCUAACUUAAUGUUUUGUGGCGCAAAGGUAAUAAUUGCAUAAUUCAAUGAUUUCUGACAUACGUUCGUCGUACGUUUGGUGUUUGCUACAUGCAAAUGUUUCCACCUAUGUGGAAAUUGUGAAGUGUAGCAUACGAGCGAUACAUGUGUUAAUUUAGAGUGUUAACUCAUUAUGACCAAGUCAUUUUAACUCGUUAUAAUCAAAACUUUCAUAAAAUUACGCACCAUUAAAGAACAUCGCCGGCUGACUCACAACAUCACAACACGUUAGCACAAUUAUCAAAAAGACUUAUUAUUAAAAUAAUUACUGAAUAAAUCACUUUGAGGUAAUAAUCUUUCAUCGGCGUUAUUUACCAACACUUGAAUCACCUAUGAAUAUAAUACUCAAAACUAUUAUGUUUAUUCUGAUUAUAUAUAUUAUAUAUAUGUAUAUAUAUAUGUAUAUAUAUAUAUAUAUGUAUAUAUUGCAUACAUAUUACGUACAUAUAUAGGCAAGUAAACCGUUUAAAAGCAGUGGAUUUAUUAGUUUUAAAAUUAGUAGUGUUUAAUAUAGUUAAUUUUUUCGUAGAUUUUGUUUAUUUUCUAAUUUAAUUGGUUAGUCUCAUCAUUAGAGGUAAUGUCUUCAGUUAAAGUUUUUAUGUUUUUGAUACUAUCUGGCAUCAAUUUUAACGCGAAUAUGAGGGCUGCUGGCGGUUACUCGCUGACAAAUCGGCCAAAACUAACGAACGCAAUACUGGAGAGUAUGAAGGCCGGCCUGUGGUUUAUGGAGGAACACGUGGAAAGUGUCAACCUGGAUGCACUGAUUGGAGUUAGGAUGGUCUACGAUCAACUCUUUAGAGUGCGGGAUGUGAUCAAACAAAUAAACACCAACCAAACUUAUGACGAAACUUUGGAAAAAAUCGCUAGAAUGAUCGAACAAUGUAGAUCUAUUAUCGACUCAGCCAUUCCCCACGACAGCGUCAACGAACCCAAAUACUUUGAAAAGAUAGGAAAUCUGCUGCAAACAUCAUGGAUCUUUAACGACACACCACGCUCCAUCGAUGAAUCUCUUUUCAUGAAACCCACCAAACCAAUGAGACGGAUCAAUGAAAAACAAUCCGACAACUGCAUAGGUCUGCUCAUCAACGAGCCCAAAUGUCGCAUCUCGAAGAAGUGUUGGGACAUGAUGACCUUUCCAGGUGCGAUACUCUACAUGCUAACGCAUCAACUCUUCUACUUCCUGAUCGCCAUCAUGAAUGACUGCCUGCCAGACAGCCCAAACAGCUACCCAGGAAUGAAGAUUGACGAAUUUUGUGCCAACAUAUACACCGAGUACGAGCACAUUGAUAAGAAGUUGAACUUUCAACUCGAAUAUCAAGACAUAUUCAUGGAGCAAGCUGCAUUCUGUGGUAUGGUGGGUUACAAAAAUUUCUUCAAAUACAGAUACAUUCAAAAGAUCCUUUCAUGGCAGAAUAAGAAACUUGGGUGCUGGUUUGAUGACAAAAGCGAUGAUGAAGAAGACCAAGUAACAAUUUCGAACCAGCGGGAACAAGAAGAUCGUGGUGGAAGAAGUAAACGAGUGAAACGCGAGGAGAAGAUGAUUGGAGAUGCCUGUCUCUGCCACAAAUCAACUGUGGCUCUGGCUGCUCUGGUUCAAUUCCUAAAGCACGGCUUCUAUUAAAAAUCAUUUCUAUUCACGGUGCUCAUCAGUGCAAAAUUAUCAUAAUUUAUUAAAUGUUUGUUUAGCAGAGGAAAUCAUUAUUUAAAAUGUUAAAAUGAAUAUUUGCUGUUAACAUAAAAACCAUUGCCGCUUGUUUUUUGACGAAUCUUUUAAAAAAUCAAAAUUAUAGCAAAAGAAAAGAAAUCACACUAAAUAAAAAUUGACCAAGUGAUGAUUCCUCUUAACAUUCCAUCUUUUUUUGCUUAUCAAGUUCAAUUUUUGGUCGAUUUUACACAUAAAACGAUACUUUUUCUGACUUUUAUUAUAAAACUUCCAGGGCCA